AUGGAGCCCACAGCCGCCAUCUCAGUCCUGGGGGAGGACUGCCUGCUCCCCCAGGGCCGCUCGUGCCUGGGCUGCUUCAUCGACACCAAGGACGCCACCCUACCCCCGUCCUCCGACUCUUCCUCCUCCUCCUCCUCCUCCGAGCCCGGGGUGAGCCUCAAGAUGGCCGGCGACCCCUGCAGCCGCGGUGCAGGAGACUACGACACCUGCCCCAUCGUGGACAUACACGGCAUACAGUGCAUGACCAUGAGCGUUGCCGACGACGACGCUGGAAGCUACGGCGACCAGCUUCUCUGCUCCGACCAGCUGCUCAGCUUCCCCCUGCCCCCCUCCAAACCCUUAUCAACCCAUGAUAAGAAGGUGGUGGGGGGCGACAGGACCACGUCGGACUGUGACAACAGCGACACGGACAUUGACCAGGCCGCCAAGAACCUGAACCUGUACGAGGGCCUGCUGCUGGACAAGUGCAGCAACGGCGAGGAGGCGGAGCUUCAGCUUCUGGCCAACUCAGCGCAGGACUGGGGCUACAUCGAGUCCUUCAUCAGCGAGAGCAAGAUGGAGCUGCUUGACCUGUGCUCCCAGAAAGAGCUGUCCGGCGUCAACCUCUUCUCCGAGGAGGACGUGGACAACUACAUGUUCGACGAUGACGACGACGACGAUGACGACUCGACACUGAGCAGCGACGUGUGCUCGCUGAAGAUCCGCUACGAGUCCUUCCAGGACAACAUGCGGGAGAAGACCAACGUGCUGCAGGAGGAGACACAGUUCAACUUCUUCCCCAGCGUGCUCGUCAACAACAACGACAACUGCCCCUCGAAGAAGGAGGACGGAGGCACGACGGCGGAGGAGGAUGAGGAGGAGGAGGAAGAAGAAGAUCUAGUCUUGUCGGAUGAGGGUGAUCGUAAAGUGGAGAGAUGCAACAGUCCAGGGGAAGGCUGCUCCCCGGACUACAGUCCUAAAAUGGAUUACGUUGUGGACUCUAGUGACUCAGCUGAGGAGUCAGGAGACUACAGUGAAGAUGACAGCUCCAGCUCGACCAGGUCCUCGGUGGAGAUGCCCCCAGACGGCAGCGGUGGCGGCAAACCUAAGCGGCGGCCGCUGACGAAGAAGGGCAGCCGAUCCUCCUCCUCCAAUCACCUGAACUACGGGCUGCGCGCCAAGAGGAAAGUGCGAUACAGCGAGGACUAUUUGUAUGACGUGGACUCUAUCGAGGGCGAGAGAAACGCAGAGAAGCGGGACAAGCAGGCGCCGGGCGUAAAAAAAGAGGAGCGAGAUGACGACUGGUGCCCCAAAAAGCAACGGAAGUCGUCCAACAAGAACAAAGAACCCCCGGUCAUAAUCAAAUACAUCAUCAUCAACAGGUUUAAGGGCGAGAAGCACAUGUCGGUUAAGCUGUUCAAAACGGAUCCAACAGCCACGACCGUGAGCUUAGAUACAGAGGCGAUGAGCAAAUACGAACAGCUGGCACCACUGAAGUGUUUCUGGCAGGAGCAGGAGCGGGAGAGAGAGGAGAGGCUUAAGCAGGCUCUGGGAGAUAAACCCAAUGUCCAUCCAAAUGGCCGCCACCGGCACCGACCCUUCAAUUCCAGCCCCCCUAAGAGGAAAUACAAGUUUGCAAACAGAUUUAGGAUUCAGAGGAUUCAUGCUACUGUGGAGCAGUCUCCAAACAGGCAGGGUUCCUCUGUUGCCUCUGUGACUGAGGAAGGCAGCAGUAGUAGUGGCACCAAAGAUGGCAGCGUACAGCCCACAGGAAGACCGUUACCACCAGUUCCCGCGCUAGGUCUCGCCCUUGCCUUAGACAAUGGCGGUGAUGUCACACACACACACAUCGCCGCCGCCGCCGCACGGCCACGGAAGAGCCGAUUGCAGCAGCAGAAAGAAGAAAAACUGCUCGGGUGUGACAAAGUCGUGCGGCUCCGCAAAUUCAAAAGCGAGGCCAGGCUGAGGAGCGAGAAAUUAGAGGAGGCAGUGCAGAGGGCUGCAGAGGGGACCGCCACUCACACACUGCUGGAUAAUCAGUCUACGGAUGCAGCCGUUGUGUUUGCCAUGGCAUCCGGCAAACCCACAACCUCUGAGCCAGUGGGAGACGAUGGCGUCUCCGUCAUCCCUGGAGGCUACCUCCAGACGCUCCUGGACGGUUCAGACUCGUCCAGCAAUGCCAGCGCUAUCAGUUACUACCCUCAGCAGAAUCCUCAGCCUCAGCAGCAGCAGCAGCAGCAGUAUGCGCCGCUGGGCCUGACGAUUGAGGACAAGCAGUUCUCCUCACUACAGAUGGCACAGAGCUGCGUCCUCUCCCCGCCCUCAGAGUCCGAGCUCCAGCAGUCACCCCAGUUCGUCUCACUACAGAUGGCACAGAGCUGCGUCCUCUCCCCGCCCUCAGAGUCAGAGCUCCAGCAGUCGCCCCAGAACUGCACCAACUUCACCCAGAUGUGGCACUCGCAGCUCUGCCACAACCAGCAGUUCGGCACAGACAUUUCCGGGGCACCACCACCACCACCAUCCUCAACCAACACCAUCCAGGCCUACCCGAAGACCACCACCGCCAUGCCCAUACAGAUACCCAUGUCCGCAGAAGAUAUGGCCAUGGCCGGCUACACUCAGGUGAACCUGGAGGGCAACAACUCCAGAGUGCUGUACGAAAAGAACUACCUGCCCGAGCAGGUGAUGCAGCAGGGGGCAGCGGACGGCGACUACCAGGUGGCGUUCAUAGACGCCGGGCAGCUGCAGUUCCAGCGUGGCACCCUCAACACAGACCACGGGCGGCUUACCAGCUUUGACUCCAUGGGCUCGCUCUCCGUGGCCUCGAGCAGUUACAGUAGUAUGAGCGUGAAGUCGUGCGAGAAGGAAGGGGGCGAGGAGGAUGGCAAUGGAGGUGGUGGUGGUGGUGGUGGGGAGACCUUUCUGGCCCACUGCAGCCCCAAGGUGCUGGUUCAGCAGAGCCUGGAAGCCAUCACGCCCCUGAGGGAGUCCACGGAUCUGCUGGACAUCUCCAACUUCACCCCGGACAAGUUCCGCCACUCGUCCCUGUCCGAGCUGUCCCCGCCGGAGACGCCCAACCUGUCCCCCCAGGUCAAGGGCAGAGAGAUGAAGAUCAUCGGGGGCGGCAAGGCCCUAAACUACCAGGACGUCGUCGUCAGCGAUGACAUGACCUGGAACUGUAACAUGAUGGAGCAGGUGACAGAACAUGUGAAUGUGGCCCCCUAUGCAACUGGGGACAACCACCAGUUUCAGAUGCACGUCUAUAAUAACAACAACACGAAUUGCGCUGGCGUAGGCGUCCUAGACAGCAAGGACGCUGCAGCUUGUGGGGCUGGGAAAGGCACAAAGUCGAAGAAGAGAAACGGCGGCAAACAGGCGGGCGGAGAGGGAGGCAAAAAGCCCCGCGCGCCUAAAGUCCCCAAAGGAGACAAGGCCAAGGCGCCGCGCCAGAACUCGCGCUCAUCCAAAAAGCUCAAAGCCCACCUUGAGGAGAAGGCGGGGAAAGGGAAAGCAGACGCAGGUGCGGCCAAUGACGUAGCAGCAGAGGGAGAGUGCCCUCCGGGCAUGAACUGGCCGGACGCAAACGGUCAUGGCGGCAACAUCGACGACCAGCGCGAGUUCGAGGAGCCCUCCAACAUUCUGUCCAACAUCGUGUCCGGCAUGGCGGAGGUCCAGCGGUUCAUGAUGGCCUCCAUCGAACCCCUCUGGGGAUCCCCCGUCGCCAACGCCAACGUGUGUCUCGCCCCCGACGCCAACAGCCUCAAGCUCAAGACGCUCAAGAUCCUGGCCGGCACGACCCCCGACCCUAAAAAGAAAGGAGGCGCAGCCGGAGCUGGGUCCGCCAAGGGUGGCAGGAAAGGUGCAGGCAAGGGAGCCAAAAACCAGGCGGCCAAAUUUAACCCCUUCUUUCCCCAGCUGGCACUGGGCUGCAACAUGUUCGACAAGCCCAACCUCUGCAUACCCGGCAUCAACGGGCCCGCGCACAAAAAGAUGUACCGCCACAAAACGAGUGCAAAGUUCCCCCGGAUCGAAACCAUAAAGGGGGGGAAGAGAGCGGCGGAGCGAGAGCCCAAUAAGGACAUGGCACUGAUGACCUCUUUUGAGAAACUGAGAAAAUGGAUACCCCCUUCUUGCCGCCUCCCCCUUACUGCCUGGCUCAAAGCACGGUGGGAAGCACACCUGUCAUGCUCAGCAUCUGACACGGAGCCAGAGACCUAA